UCCUUCUCUUCCUACAGCGACUGGAUAACGGUGAGUCCAUCCAGAGGAGGCAGCUUGUGCUCGCGGGGCUCCCAGCUGGCCUGUGUGCUCUGGGAAGCCUGAGUCUCCCCUCCGUCCCCCGCCUCGGCGGUCUGAGAAACAAAGACUACAAAAUGUCAGCCCUUGAGAUUCAAGUCAUAGUCCCAACACCACCAACAAACUCCAAUGGCCCAAUUGAGAGCACCUUAGGAACUCACAAAGGAAUGAAGAGACAACCAGAGGUUGCAACGGUGUUGAGUUUUCAUAAUAUCUGCUAUCAAGUGAAAGUGAAGACUGGUUUCAUAGGUUGUCGGAAGAUUACUAAGAAAGAAAUACUCAAGAAUGUCAAUGGGAUCAUGAAGCCAGGCCUCAAUGCCAUUUUGGGACCCACAGGUGGUGGCAAGUCUUCAUUGUUAGAUGUCUUAGCUGCUAGGAAAGACCCUCGUGGACUGUCUGGACAUGUUUUAAUAAAUGGAGCUCCCCAACCUGCCAAUUUCAAAUGUAACUCAGGCUAUGUUGUACAGGAUGAUGUUGUGAUGGGCACUCUCACAGUAAGAGAAAAUUUACAGUUUUCAGCAGCACUUCGACUUCCCACAAGCAUGAACAACCAGGAAAAGAAUGAACGAAUUGACAAGGUUAUCAAGGAGCUAGGUUUGGAGAAAGUAGCUGAUUCCAAGGUAGGAACUCCAUUCUCUCGUGGUGUAUCUGGAGGAGAGAGAAAAAGGACAAGUAUUGGAAUGGAACUCAUUUCUGAUCCAUCUGUCUUGUUUUUGGAUGAGCCCACUACUGGCUUAGACUCCAGUACAGCAAAUGCUGUUCUUUUACUACUGAAGAGGAUGUCUAAGCAGGGAAAAACAAUCAUCUUCUCUAUACAUCAGCCUCGAUAUUCCAUCUUCAAGUUGUUUGACAGUCUGACCUUAUUGGCUUCUGGAAGAUUGAUUUUCCAUGGUCCUGCUCAGGAAGCCUUGGAAUACUUUGCUAAUGCCGGAUAUCACUGUGAGCCCUAUAAUAAUCCAGCAGAUUUCUUCUUGGAUAUCAUUAAUGGAGACUCUUCUGCUGUGCAGUUAAACAGAGAAGAAGGAACUGGUGAAGCUAAGAAAAAUUCAGAACCUGCUCAGCAAGAUAAACCCAUUAUAGAUGAAUUAGCAGAGGUUUAUAUUAAUUCUACCUACUUCAAGGAAACUAAAGCAGCACUAGAUACAUUCUCUGUGGGGCAUAAAAAGAUGAAGACUACUGCUUUCCAUGAAAUAACGUAUAAUACCUCCUUUUGUCAUCAACUCAAAUGGGUGUCCAAACGGUCAUUCACAAAUUUACUGCGUAGCCCACAGGCCUCCAUAGCUCAGAUAAUCAUCACAGCUUUCCUAGGAUUGGUUGUAGGUGGCAUUUUCUAUGGACUAAAGAAUGAUCCUACUGGAAUUCAGAAUAGGGCUGGGGUGCUCUUUUUCCUGACCAACAACCAGUGUUUUAGCAGUGUUUCCGCAGUGGAGCUUUUGGUGGUGGAAAAAAAGCUGUUUAUACAUGAGUAUGUUAGUGGCUACUACAGAGUUUCUUCAUAUUUUUUCGCGAAGUUGUUAUCUGACUUACUCCCUAUGAGAAUGUUGCCAAGCAUCAUAUUCACUUGUAUAACAUAUUUUAUGUUAGGACUGAAGAAGGAGGUGGGGGCCUUCUUCAUCAUGAUGUUUUCCCUCAUGAUGGUUUCGUACACCGCCAGUUCUAUGGCCCUGGCUAUUGCCGCAGGUCAGAGUGUCGUGUCUGUGGCCAACAUCCUCAUGACCAUCUCAUUUGUUUUCAUGAUGAUAUUUUCAGGAUUGUUAGUAAAUCUCAACACCAUUGUGCCCUGGCUUUCGUGGCUCCAAUAUUUAAGCAUUCCUCGAUAUGGUUAUACAGCUCUGCAACAUAAUGAAUUUAUUGGCCAAAAUUUUUGUCCCAAUCUCAACUCCACAGCUCCAAAUAGUUCCUGUGAAUACGCAGUGUGCACUGGAGAAGACUUUUUGAGAAACCAAGGCAUUGACUUGUCCGAUUGGGGCUUGUGGCAGAACCACGUCGCCUUAGCCUGCAUGAUCGUCAUCUUCCUUACCAUCGCUUACCUGAAAUUGUUGUUUCUGAAGAAGUUUUCAUAA